GGACUGCGGACACGAGUGCAGAGUGUGCAAGGUAACGGUGGUGAGUCUGACUGAUUAUGCCAGCCACAUUUCCAGUCCCACGCACAAGAAGAAUGUGGAAGCUUCAGAACAAAAGCAUGCUGGGAACGACCGUGACGAAGACUACUUCGAUCAGGUUUUGGUGGAUCUGAUUGAGAAGAGAAAAGAACAAAUCAGAAAAGACAAGGAGGCUGCAGCUGCAAAGCAGGCAAAAGAAGAAGAGGAUCGAAGAAGAAAGGAGGAGUUACAACAGAGGAUGAAAGAAGAGGGUCGAAAGAGAAUGGAGGAGUUAGAACUAAGAUUAAAGGAAGCUAAGGAGCGUUACCGACUGGAGUGUGCCUGGCAGCAGCCAUCGCAGACAUUCAAUGGGUCCGGUCAACAAAGUUCUUGGUUCAAGAACAACAGAUAUAAUGCCAGAGCAGGGGAGCCACGACCCUGGCAACACAGUAAACGGGGAAAGAGCGCCACCUGGCAUGCUCAGGAGCCUCCCAACUUUCAGAACUGGGCAUCUGGAGAGUUUGCUGGUGGAAGCUUGCACAGUCAGGAAGGUUGGGGCAACAGGCAGUGGGAUCAGGGUGCACUUUCUGGCAAUCAACGAAGACUGCCCUGGCUCAGUAACGGAGGCAGUAGUAACGGGGUCUAUGGCCGAAACAAUAUUUGCCAGAACCCACAAAGGGGUCGUCCCCUGAGCCUUGUGGGGCCUCCUUGUAUGUAUCCACCUCCACCCAUUUUUUUUGCCCAGGCUUUUAACCAGUUUCAAAACACAGUUAAUAACCAGGGAAGUCAGCAGGGUGAUGGGCUUCAGAAUGGGGAGGGACAAACGGCAGAACCAGACCACAGUGGUACUAAGAGCCCUAAGACCUUUGGUAGUAAUCCAAAGCUGGACAAAGCUUGUCGCUGGUCUCCGUAUCCAGUCACAAAGGGUGUUGAAUCUGUACCCCAUACGGACACCAACUCAAACUCAUCAGAGAAGUACCCCAAAGUCCCCAAACCCCAGAAGCAAGACCAGAAGGCACCAGAAACCAAUGCUAGGCAGUCCCGACCUGAACAGAGACCGGGGCAGUUGACCUCAAGUGGACAAAGUGUGGAAGAGAAAGGGAGGCAUAAAACAAACCCCAAAACCAAGCCCAGAGAUCGGAGUAGCAGCAGCAGUAGAAGCGGCAGUGCUCAGGGAGAUGGCCAACAGAACUCCACAUCUGGUCCUUCCAAUCAGAAGGCAAGUAAGUCACAAAAAGAUCGGAAGAUGCUUUCAAUCUUUGGUCUGAGCGGUGGAGCUAAACUCAGCAAGGCCUCCAGCCAAGAGCACGCACAAUCAAAAUCAACUGCAAAGCAGAAUGGGUUCAGUCCCCAGUCUCCACCUGUUGGGCCCCUUCAAUCGAGGCAAGAACGGCAGCUCCCAGAAACGUUCAAGAAAGCCUGGCAAACUGUGUUAGAAAAGAGGGCCUCUUUGGAUAGCUCUAGAAACAACAGGAUGGAAAUGACACUGCACAUUGUGGAGGAGCAGCAGAGGGAUCACGUACAGAGUCCGAUUGGAGUGAACAAAGAAAACAGCUGCAGGCAGAAUGCAGCUAAACCAAAUGUACCCGACUCAGUUGGGCCAGAAAAGCUUGCACUGCAAUCUUCAGACAGCAGCCAGUUUCUCCAAUCACUGCAAGUUAGCACCUCUACAAUGGAGAGCUCAGAGCCUGGAGCCUCAAGCAGGGAAGACGAGGACAAAGGGAAGAAAGCGGAGACGGAAACAUGCUCAGUGGCCCCCGGUGAAGCCAUGCAGGCUGUUGAAGCAGGGCAGAGCUCAGAGAGUGACACCUCCAGAAGUGGUGAAACACAGACGGUCUCAGGCUCGAACACAUCAAGUCUCUCCAAACUUGACCUGCCUCCUGUCUUAAAGCGUGACCUGACCAAACACAUCAGCUCCAAGAGCAAAACAGGUAACCAUGAGCCCAACCUAAACAUUGCCAGACGAGUGCGUAACCUGAGUGAGUCGCGGAGAAGCGACACAGAAAAGGACUCUGGGCUCAAGCCAACUGUCCGACAGCUCAUCAGCUCCUCUGGGUCUCGACGCAAUGUGAACUGGGAACAGGUGUAUCAGGAGGUCAGGAAGAAGCAAGACAAAGGAAAAGGCAUGCCAAGGUUUGGGAUUGAGAUGGUGCCAUGCGAACAGGAAGACCAGAGCCAGGAGGAAGAUGACAUUCCCCUGUUAGAGGGUUUCCAAUGGGACUCGUUGAUGGACAGCUCCGCUUCGGGCACCUCCCGAAAACGCUCCUUAUCAGAGAGCAGCCUCGCCCCUGGAUCCACUCACUCCCUCUUUACCUCCCUCAUGUCAAAGGAGACGGCGCAGAGAGAAGGCCUCAGCUCAGAGCAGCAGGGAUCCUCCGUUUCUCAGAGUCCUCCCACUGCUCAAGGGAACAAAGACAAUGAGCGUCAGCAAGAGGUAGAGCAGAUGCUUGGUCACUUUGAGGCUGAAGCAAAGAAGCAGCCAGACAAACUUACGUCGGCGACAGUGAAAGCCCUCCAGCGGUCUGAUUCGAUGCUCGGGGACAGCAGUUCGGGGGCGGAGCAGUUCGAUGCGCUGGGAACAGGAAAGAGGCGAAGAGCAGCUGGGGAUGUUCCAAGUGCAGAGACGUCUUGUUUGGAGCACAACAACAAAAGAAGAAAGGUCAAAUCUAAAAAAGAGCGUUUACAGAUCGACCAGCUGCUGGCUGUGUCUCUGCGGGAGGAAGAGUUGAGUCGCUCCCUGCAGACUGUGGACACCAGCCUGAUCCAGGCCCGGGCUGCGCUAGAGGCCGCCUACUUGGAGGUGCAGCGUCUCAUAGUGGUUAAGCAGCAGAUGACCGGAGAGAUGAGCACACUGAGAAACAAGCGCAUUGAAUUACUAAAAGGGAUGCAAGGUAGCAGGGAUGAAGAACCUCAGAUCAAACUGAAAGAAGAAAAGAUUGAUUCAGUAGAAGCUGAGCCACACAUGCCCUCCUCCAUAAUGUUUUCCUCUGUUAUGGACACUGCUGCUGCCCCCAGUCCUCCUACCCCUGCUGAGCGUGCCUCCCCUCCCUCUUCCAGCCUUCCCUUCAUGCCUGUAGUUAUCAAGCAGGAGCCUCAGUCUCCGGUCCAUGUCAGCUCAGAGCUGGACCCUGUGGACAAUGUAACCCGCUUUGCUCACAGCACCACUCCGGAGCUGCCUGUCUCUCGACAAGAUCCUGCUCUUAAUGUCCAACCGUCUCCUGAAAGAAAGCCUGAGCUGUACCAGACUAACACAGAACAUAACUGGGAGAACUUUGGCGAGCCUGCAGACUGCAAAGAGAGCUUGUCAGGACAGGCUGGGACAUCAGAGAAGUCCAUACAGGCGAGAAGGAGCUGUCUCACUCCUUUGUCUGACUCCAAAGCUUCCGUAAAGCUCCCCUCACCCAGCAGGAGGGGCUCUGAGGCGGCGAAUGUUGUUGACUGUGCAGCCGAGCAGUUCUUUGAGCCCCUCUCAAUCCUUCCUCAGCCUACCUCUCCAUCUGAACUGAGGAGCGGAAAGCGUGUAAGGAAGCUGAAGAAGAGGAAGGUGUUGAAGAAGGCCCAAGGGACAGAGCAGCCUGAAAGCAGUGACACAGAGAUAGACGGAGAGGCCUUGAGGCCGAGGUGGCUUCGACCACGCAGGAGACCCAGUGGGAGCUCCCAGGUCAGCACCUCCACGCAGCCUUCAGAAGAUAGAGACGGUGACGUGAACAUGGAGGGGGCUGAGGAGGCCUCCAGGCAGUUGUCUCCGCCCAUAAAACUCGACAGAGUAGAGGCCCCUAAACACAUGGUAGAGCUUCCCCAGUUGCCUCCCACUGAACUUACGUUGAACUUAGAUUCAGAAGAAAGCAUGGAGGUCACAGCAGCCUGCCAGCAGCCCCACAUGGAUGCCCUGCUUCCAGCUCCCCCUCCAGCCCAGGUCCCAGACUCCUCCAGACCUGAUCCUCAAAGCCUGGCCUGCAACGAGGUCAGCUCCACCAGUGACAUGGAUAUAUGUAAAUCCUCUGAGAGUGACGUUCAGUUUGCCAUCACAUUGCCCAAGAUAACGAAGACCUCAUCAGAUGCGUCCUCUGACCACGGGGAGGAUGACCUGCCCACUGAGGGUGUGUUUGAGGGCCACCAGGAGGCGGUGAACGCCAUGCAGAUCCACAACGGGCUGCUGUACACGUGUUCAGGAGACCGCACUGUCAAAGCCUUUGACCUGGUGAGUCAUAAAUGUGUUGGUGUGUUUGAGGGUCACAGCUCCAAAGUGAGCUGCCUGUUGCUGUCCGUGGCUCCCUGCCUGCAUCAUCGCCUUUACUCUGGCUCCAGUGACCAGACCAUCCGCUGCUACAGUCUCAAGACACGAGAACUGGAGCAGCAGUUCUCUCUGUCAGACCGAGUCCUCUGCCUCCACAGUCGCUGGAAGUUUUUGUACGCUGGUCUGGCAAACGGCACAGUGGUGACCUUUAACCUCAAGACAAACAAGCAGAUGGAUGUGUUCGAGUGCCAUGGGCCGCGGGCCGUGAGCUGUCUGGCCUCAUCACAGGAGGGAGCCCGAAGGAUCCUGCUGGUCGGUUCCUACGACAGCACCAUCAGUGUGAGAGACGCCAAGAACGGACUGCUGCUGCGCACACUGGAGGGACACACCAAAACUGUUCUCUGCAUGAAGGUGAUCAACGACCUGGUAUUCAGUGGAUCCAGUGAUCAGUGUGUCUACGCACACAACAUCCAUACAGGAGAGCUGGUGCGGGUCUAUAAGGGCCACAGUCAUGCUGUUACUGUGGUGGCCGUCCUGGGGAAGGUGAUGGUGACCGCUUGUCUGGACAAACUGGUCCGUGUCUACGAUCUACAGUCUCAUGAACAGCUGCAGGUCUACGGUGGACACAAGGACAUGGUGAUGUGUAUGGCUGUCCACAAGAACAUGAUCUACACAGGCUGUUACGAUGGCAGCGUGCAGGCCAUCAAGCUGAACCUGAUGCAGAACUUCCGCUGCUGGUGGCACGGCUGUUCGCUGGUGUUCGGGAUGAUGGAGCAUCUGCAGCAGCACCUGACCAAUGACCACACCAGUGCCAACUUCCAAACGCUCAAGUGCCGCUGGAAAAACUGCGAAGAGUUUUUCAGUGCACGCAACAGCUCCAAGGGGGGGAUGCUGGUGCACAUGCAGAAACAUGCUGAGGAGGAGACUGAACUGGAGCCUUAAGGGCUGCUGGUGGGAACAUAGUUUCUCCCCGAAGCCCUCUUCCCUUUCCUGCUAUCUUUACCCCCCCUGUUAACCUCCCAUAUUGGGGGGGAUGUUCUUGGGACCCACUUAACUUAGCAGCGCUCCUGUCGAGCCUGAUGAGUGGCGUCUGACGACUCCAUCCUUUAUGUUCGGUGUUGGAAUCCAACCAUAAUACAAUCACAAAAUGAGGGUUGGUUGUGCUGUUGUUGUUUCUUUUUUACGUUCUACAAAACACGCCUUCCUCUCUCUCUCUCUAUCUGACCACUGCAGUUCCUCUUUUCACUGACCAAACUAAGACAAAGAAACGUGACUUUUGUUCAUUGAAGAAACUUCAGUGUUGCCAGUAUCAGAGGGGGGUUUGUUAUGCUUUUCUGUUGAAGCUGCAACAAAAAACAAUAACCAUUUUCCGGAUUGGUUGGCUACAAUAUGGCAUGGGCUAAGAGAUGUUUUUAUUGUUGUUGUGCAGUUUGAUGAUGUGUCAUGUUGAGCAACCCAUAGUUAUUUUUAUUUUGUUUUAUUAAGUUGCCAUUAUUUGCUCAAAGUAACUUCAUGUUAAUGACAAUAAUGAGUGAUUUAAAGUUUUUAGAUAUCCAUGGUGUAGUCUCCCGGGCCGUGUUUCAGUUCAAUGGUGUGAUUAUUUGUUUUAAAGGAGUUUCAUUGAAGUGAUACAGUUUUAUUUAUUUUUGGUUUUUAUUUUGUUCUUAAAAAAACAAACACAUUUUUAACAACCUCUUUUUGUUUUGUUAGCAGUUUAAGGAUUACAUUUAUUUUUUGUUGCUCAGUGAUAUUAAGGCGUUGAGGGACUUUGGUGCAGUGUUGUGUGACUUGGCUUCAGGUUGCCAUUUGAGAAUUUACAUUUGCAGUGAUAACAGAACCAAGACGUGGUGGCGCUGUGUGUGUGUGUGUGUGAGAGAGUGUGUGUUCGUUCCUAAAUGUGUUCAUCUGUGUGGGUUUAUUCUUCUUAAUUAUCGACAGAGAGGUUUAACCCUGUUCGGUGAAACCUGUUUUCCAUGAGUGAGUGUGACGUACUGUUUUUAUGACACACAUUUCCUCUUUGGAGAUGUUGGUUAUUUUUGGGGGAAUUUAUUUUCUAUUUGAAGCAUCGAGCAGAAGGCGCCCGAGCUGUAUUUUCCACAGUGAAGAUAGUUUUCUAAUGAAGUGUGGAGGUGAAGGAUGUUUUGAGGAGGUGUUCGAUGGACAAUGUUGAAGGGAAGAAUUAGGAUUCAUCUCCCAUGCCAUACCUCACCCCUGAAAGCAAGUUGGUAACACUAAGCCACUUUUUUUAAAAGGCAUAUUCAACCAAUUUUAACCAGUGUGACCGAUGCUCUUUUGCAUACUUUGGUGUGGUUACAGCUCUCUUGGUUGUGUCCUCUUCAGAGGAUUUGUUCUCAGCCGAUGUUCUCACAGCCGCCGUCUUCCAAACUGUCUCCAUCCGCUCGUUAUUUAUUGCCGAGGAAAGCACGCAGUUCACCUCUUACCUGGCAUUCCUGAGUUUCUUCAAGUUUUUCAGUUGUUAUCGAAGUUGUGAAGAGAUAUUUUUUAAGAAAGUGCAAUCUAAAACAUUGUUAAUAACAAUAAAAAAAUGUUGCAACAUUAUAAAA